GUCAGUUUUUAGUGUUUUAAAUGUUUUUACUAGUUGUAUAUUUUAGUUAAUAAUGACUGCGUAGUAGUACGUACUCGCUAGUUAUUAUGUAGUUUUGUUUAUUAAAGUAUAAAAUGUUAGUACUAUGAUCUAAGAUUUUCUAAGGAUUUUUGUUUAUCAGUUGAAGUUGAAUGCAUUUUUUAAUUUGUAUUUAUUUUAGUUAAACAGUAUUAAUACUAACAAUACUAGUUUCAUGAUAAUCAUUUGAUACGAUCAUUUUUUUUAAAAUUCACAUUUAUUAUGAAUAAACUAGCUCCAAGCAAAUGUACGGUAUAUGUUUCAAAUCUACCAUUCAAUUUGACAAACAACGAUUUACAUAAAGUAUUUGAAAAAUAUGGAAAAGUAGUUAAAAUUACAAUAGUAAAAGAUAAAACAACUCGGCAAAGCAAAGGAGUGGCAUUUGUGUUAUUCCUUAAUCAAAAUGAUGCUAACGUUUGUGUUAAAUCUACAAAUGGCAUACAAAUGUUUGGAAGAACGUUAAAAAGUUCUAUUGCAGUAGACAAUGGCCGUAGUACAGAAUUUAUCAGGAAACGUCAGUAUACUGACAAAAGUUUUUGCUACGAAUGUGGCAAAGAAGGUCAUCUUAGUUACAAAUGUCCAGAAAAUUGUUUGGGUGAACGACAGCCACCACCUAAAAAGAAAAAAAAGAAAAACUUAGACGGGAAUGAAGGAUGUAGCAAAAAUCAAGAAUCUUAUCAUAGCUCAGAAGAGGAUACAGCAUUUUAUGACAGAACCAAAAAUUAUACAGAAAGAAAUAGUGAUGAAGAAAAAUGUGAUAUAUCUCAUAUGGAGACAUUAAGUGCAGUAAUACAUGAAGAACAAGAGAAUAAUAUUGACCAGUCAAGCAAAGUUGAGGUAUUGCAUAAAAAAGUAUACCGUAAAAAUUCAUACUUCAGCGAUGAAGAGGAACUUAUUGAAUAAUAAAGUUAAUUAAUGUUUUUAUACUGUAUUUUGUUAAGAUAUUACAAUUAAUAAAUAUACAUACCUGCUUACAGUAGGAUAUGAUAUAAAUUUA